UUCGUGCGGCGGACGUCCUUGUCCUGCGUCGAGUGUGCGCUGAGUGGACGCGUUGACAUUGUAUGCAGUACAAGAAAAUUCUUUUGCAAAUUAGCAAAGAAAUAUUUCAGCCAUUACUAAAUAAGUUGGUUGAAAGUUAAAGUGUACAGCAUUUGCAACAAAAAAAAAAUGUAAUUAAAAUACAAUGGAAAAAGGCUGCAUGAAAGGUUAAAAUUAGCAAAUAUAGAAAAAGUGAAAAUCACAGAGCAAAAAUUUAGGUCGCGAUGAAAUCCAAAAAAAAGGUUUAGGAAAUAAAGACUCACUAAACUAGCUACCACUCAAGUGCAUAAAAAAUAAUUGAAUAAUGAAAUGAAAUUACGCAAAUUAAGAAUCAACUAAAACUUAAAGCUACGGCAGACAACAUAAGCAGCAAAAACUAAUUUGCGUUAGGAAUUUCCGGUGUUAGCAGCAAAUGCCAACAUCACCAAAAGCAAAACUGCUAAGAAUUUAAGUUUCAACCAACAACAAACCUAAAUAACAACAAGAAUAACAACAAAAACUGGAUUGAUUGUGUAAGAGAGAUAGAGAGUGAUAGAGUAAGGAGAGCGACGGCAACAACAACAACAACAACAACAAAAGUCACGGUCGGAGCAUAGUUGAAAUUGUUGAAAAAUUAAAAGCAAACAAAUUAAUUAAAUACGAUAGCGAGGGUAGCGGUUAAUGGUGUGAAAAUAAAAGGCCUCGGAAAUUCAUUUCGUUUUCUUCGCACAAAAACGUACGAAAGUACGAAAUUAAGUAGUUAAAUAUUUUUUAAAUAAGAAGCUAGCUAGAGGCAAGUGAUGUGCAGUGCAAUAGAAAUACUUUUGUGAUAACAAUAAAAGACCGAAUAAAGUUAGCAGUACCGCAUCCUCGUUGCUUGCGCGUAAUCGAGUGAUCCGAAAAGUGAAAAGUAUAGCGCAGGCAUAGCCACUUAGUUGCUCGCAAACAAUUUUCACGCACGCGAUAGUCUAUUAAAAGAAAGCCGAUUCGAAUAGCCGAGUGUCCUGCUAAUUACGUACUUUCAAAUUUGUCACAAGACGCUACAACUAAGCUACAUACACCUCUUAUACGACAUACAUAUAUAAUUUCUAUAAACGCUCACAUCUCAAUCCGCUGAACGCACAAUUUUUAACGACGCUGUGCUGCUCGCUGGCACGUGAGCAGAGCUGAGCAAAACUCCAUUUCGUUGCGGCAACUAAACGGCGUGGCUCGACCUUGAGUAAAUAAAGAAUUCAACAGCACUUCCGUAGUACAGCGUCACAGAAAGCGCCGUGCUGAUAGUGGUGCAACAAUUGAAGGCAACUGCCUUCUCGAAGCCGGAAAGUUUGCUCAUUUGAACGCCGUGUGCUUCGAGUCUAAGGCUUUGAAAUUUAUGCCGUUGUGAUGACGCAAUGGAUUGCAGCCUCAAGUGGGCACUCUUCAAUACAAAGACGAGCGCACUCGCACCUAUCUGUGAGGCUGCAAAUAUCGCGACAACAAAACCAAAAUCUAGUGCUACAACAACAGCAACGGCCCUUACGGCUACGGCUGGAGCAAAAUCACAAAUCAACACAAUUAAAAUACGAGAAAGGCCAAAAAUUGCCAAAACUACGCAAAUAUCUCUACGGCUUUGGCACAUAUUGCAUAACUGGAAAAUAAGCUCAUUUAUCGCCACAAAAAUCACCACCACCACCAGCACAACCAAAGCUAGCAGAGGUGGUGUCACGAGCGCCUUGUUCUCGCAAAGACUUUGUGCCCACGGAUGCGUCAACAAAUCCAAUACACGCAUGCUGCGAAGGAGUAAGCAAAUUUAACGGCAUCCACCAGCUUCCAUCAGCGACUACACUUAGUCUGAGAGAGCGGAACACUAAAUACAUAUAAAGGCUCUAAAGGAAAAACAAUAACAAACGGACAAAAAACGGGUACAACGACAAAUGCUGUUUUAGAGGAAAUAUUUUAAGCGAAAAAAGGAGCAACCAAUCUAAAAAAAAAAAAAUGAAACAUUCGAAUAUUUUUAUACACAAAGACAUGAUGGAGUUUGGCUAAAAAGAUUUUGGUGCACCUAAAAUCGAAAUCAAGAAUAAAGAAGCUAUUACAAAAAAAUACAGAGGUAGAACAGAAAAACCAAACUUUACAUUACCACUACUAAGCUAUACUCUCGUCUACGUGCGAAUUCAAUUAAAUCUUUGUCACGAAUUGAUUCGCCGCCUUUGCCACGUCUCGUCUUGACUUAAUUAAAUCCAACUAAAUCAAUUUGACUCUGUUAGAGCUGCGACGGAUUUCACGCCAAUUGGAAAUUGAACAGCAACCAGCACCACCGACUUGAAUACCAAGAAAGCUAUAUACAUUGUCUCUCCAUAGCGACAUAAUCGUUGCAAGGAAUCUCAAACUCCGCGAUCCCACAAUUCGCGCUGACCCUGGUGAAUCAAGCCAACAAAAUAAAUUCCCCAACGAAGCAGACGUUUUCGCGCAAAUUGUGCCAAUCAAGGCGCAAUUGUUCAUUUGUGCAGUGGCCAUGGAGCCUCCUGGCGGCUUGCCGCCGGACAGAGACAGACAACUAGUGCUGCGCGCUCAGCAGCAGCAGCAGCAGCAACUGGUGCCUUUGGUGUCGCAAGUGAAGCCAACUCUAGCACUGAAUCUUCAGCAGCAGCAGCAGCAGCAAACGCACUCGACGGCCACCACAUCGCCGGCUGCGGUUGGUGCAGCUGCCACAGUGACUGCGACCGUUAGUGCGGCAUCGCUCAACACGACCAACGCACUUGUGCGCGCUCUCAGCGGCGAUGCUGUGUGUGUAACCGCAGCGGGCGGUAGUGGCGUGGUGCCAGCGAGCACCAGUCCUGCGCUAGCAACCGCAGCCAUAGCGAUAUCGGGCACCACUCAGGCGGCCACUGUGUUCAGCGGCAGCGCCGUGGGUGUACAGCACUAUCAUCAGCCACAUCAUACACCCAACCAUCCACAUCCUCCGCACACGCACCACUUGCCAGCGCAUCCGCUUCAACCGUAUGGCGUUCAGAACUCGUCGUCGACCUCGUCGCUGCUUGGCGGCAUCUCGAGCGGCAGCUGCAGCACUUCGAGCGGUGGACAGACCAUUGAAAAGCUGUCACGUCCGAUGGCAUUUGAUAAGAUGGAGACGAUCGUACGCGCCAUGCAGACGGACUAUGGAGAGAAUAAAAAAGCCGUGCCGGUGCGCAUGCAGAAGGGUUUCCUCAACAAUAUUCCAUCUGCCUUUAUGGGCUAUGAUCUUGUCGAGUGGCUGAUGGACCGUUUGCUUUGUGAGGAGUCUGAAGCAUUAAACAUAGCCAACCAACUUUGCUUGCAUGGCUAUUUCUUUCCCGUUCAUGACACCAAAUCACUCGCAGUCAAAGAUGACUCUUCACUAUAUCGCUUUCAGACACCAUACUAUUGGCCCUGGCAGCACAAGGCACCCGACAAUGUAGAGUAUGCCAUCUAUCUGACCAAGCGUUCACUGCGCAACAAACAACGCCACGCAUUGGAGGAGUACGAGGCUGAAGCCUUAGCAUCGCUGCACAAGAGUCUCAAAGGUAAAUGGGACUUCAUUUCAAUGCAGGCUGAGGAACAGACGCGGUUGGCUAAGGAGCGAAAGAAGGGUGACAAGAUUGUCAGUGACUCACAAGAACGCGCCUAUUGGCGUGUACACCGUCCACCGCCCGGCCAGUUUACUCCCCUGGAGCCAUGCCCCAUACCGUCACGUGAUCGUUUGGGCUCUAAGCCGAACAAGAAGAAGACUAUAGAAGAUGUGCAGCGGGAAGUGGACUAUCUUCGCAAGUCACUCAAUCGCACGCGCAUGAAGAUGUCUCAGGCUUGCGAAUCACUGGUCGCCUAUUCGGAGACAUUUGCCGAGUUUGACUUCUUUUUCCAGCCAGUAUUGCCGUCGAACCCAUGGGUUACGGAGGACACCACUUUUUGGCAGCUGAACAACAGUUUCGUCGAUGCACCCACGGAGAAACGUGUGAAACGUUGGGCGAUUUCAAUCGAGGAGCUGGUUUCCGAUCCCACUGGCCUGCAGGAGUUCACCAGCUUUCUGGAAAAGGAGUACUCGCACGAGAAUAUACGCUUCUGGAUUGCAGUUAACCGGUUGCGGCGUUCAGCGCACUCGCAGGUUGCGCGCAAGGUCAACGAAAUUUACGAAGAGUUUCUGAAGCCGGGCGCACCAUGCGAAAUCAACAUUGACGGCAAAACGAUGGAGAGUGUGCUGAAAGGUCUGAAAAAUCCCUCACGUUUUACUUUUGACUCUGCGUCCGAGCACAUCUACAUGCUGCUGCUAAAGAAGGACUGCUAUCCGCGCUUCAUACGCUCCGAUCACUACAAGCGUCUUCUGGAGUCUGGCGUGCAGCCGUUGCAAAACAAGAAGCGCUUCUUUAACUUCGGUGGCGUCGGUGCUGGCAAAAAGAAGAUGACUGCGGCGCUAUCCAGCCAACCGAAUCUUGGAAGCGUGACAGCUACAAAGAAUGCUGGCGGCGGUGGUGUGUGCUCUUCAAUGAUGCAAGCGCCGCCGCCCGGAAAUUUGGCACGACGGCGUGGCAGCGACCGCAGCCUCAGCGGGUCCGCACACGAGCUGGCUGUGAUUGGCGUAAAUAAGGACAUCACAUCCAAAGUGCCACAUUCGCACUCGCAAAGCAAUCUGAGUGAAAUUCCCUACAGUAGUGAAGCCAUUUACAGGGGGGACAUGCCGCAACUCCAAGUCACGGAUGUCGCAACGCAGGCUCCGCCGCUCGGAAAUCGCGACAGCCCAACGAGCAAUUUACGCUCCCAUCAAGAGACAUCCAAGGCGAAGCCCGCCCGACUAGAGACUACCGUCGAAACGUCCAGUAGUGCAGUGUGCCCUUGGGAAACUUCUGAUGAGCCACCCACAACACAAGCACCGACACUACUUCAGCCAUCCCAAGUUAAGUUGUCCGUGUGUCCGUGGGAGCAGGAGAGUGCGCCUGCCAUUACUAGUGGCAAAGUAGCCAAAUCGGUCACACAGCGUCUCACCAGCACGUCUUCGGAUAUCAGCGAGGUUUCGGAUCGCUUGCCACGCAAUUUGGGAAUACGUCAUCAGAACACCGUCGAUAGCGGCGAAGCGAGUAAGCGUCUCGUGCCGAACUUCAGCGAACAACGAAGAGCUUCGAUGUCCUUCACGCCAUCUCGUAUAGCAGAAUACCAAUAUGGACAGACGUGCAUAUCUGCGAAGACAUCGUCUACCCCAUCGCCCACCGUGGGCAGUCAAAGUGUUGUGGACGCCACGCUGCCAACGCCAACGCCGCCGCUGCUCACACAAAGUAUUGCCACCAUUGCCACGGCAACCGCCAUUAGCAGCUCCUCUGGCACUAUUUCGAAGGAUCCACCUUCCAUAUCGGAUGUGGAAAUCGAAGAGGAACUCAACAAGUUGGCGAUAUCGCAACGCAACAGCGAAUCGUCCGCCUCCGAAAUGUCAGCAUUGCCACCCCCGACUCCCACACCUCCACCCAUGACAAAGGUGACACCACCACCGCCAGAUGACAGCGUCCCCACUUAUUAUCAGCCGGCUGAGCUAGUCUCAUGUGAGAGCCCACACAGCGAUUUGUUGUGUGGCGCGGAAGAGAGCGGUGGAAGUGGCAACAGUGACAAUGGCAGCUUAAUUAUAUCCGAAUCCGAUGUAGCGGUGCCUGUGCAAGAGGUGCAAAUUGAGCUUAUAGAAAGUUUCGACGUUCAGGAAGAAAAGAGCCCGCAGUUGCCAAAACCAACAAUACAAGUUGAUCAGGAGGUGGAACCGUCAGCUGCAACUGACGUAGGUGCAGAAGCACCGACCGAAGCAGAGGCCUCCGAUAGCGAAACUCAAAAGACGCCCACACCAAGCCUUGGAAACUCCACGCAAGUAACGCCUGUAGCGGAGCAAACGCUUCCACCACUUUUCAACACUUCCGAAGUGCAGCCUGCGGCCCAAGCACACAUAACACAAAUGUUUGCGGAUGCAAUGCCAAUGGCCGUCUCAAUGAUACCGCCACCCCCACCGCCUAUCGGUCCGAUGGAGGAGGAAGAGCAACUGCGCAUGGAAGAGGAAAUCGCAGCCGCACAAGAGACCCAAGAAGAGCUGUCACCCACUACCGACGAGUACCAAGAAGGUCUGCAGUUCGACGGCGACGACAAGGAGGACUACGAUUAUGACAUCAUAGACACCGACACACAAGCUGGCUAUAUACCGCCCGCACCGACACCGGCACCGUCUAUGGCGCCACUAGCCGAAAUGGAUAUAGAUACGGUGGAUGACGAUGAGCCAUGCGAGGAGAUCGAGCCAAUGGUUGAAGUGGAAGAGCUGCCAAAAACACCAACAGCCGAAACAGUUAUGCCAGCGAUUGUCGAAACUAUAGUGCCAGUCAUCGCAGAGGAGGUAAAGAAACGGCGUAAGAAACGCAUCGUAGAUGGCAGAAAGCCACACUCCGUAGAUGAGAAAGAGAGGGCCAGCACAUCGGCGGCAGGUGGUGCGACGACAGAGGCCAGUGGUGGCACGAAUAACCAAGCUGACCGCAAUGCGGUGUGCCCCUGGGAGGAUGAAAACGUAACCACCAGCGAUGGCACAUUUGUAAAGACCUAUGCUACGCUCGGGUAUUUAUGAAUAAAGCAGAACCUCUUCAAAUCUAUAGUUACCAAAAUACUGAGAAAAAAGAAAAAUCAAAAGAAAUAACAUUUGUUUGCAUCGCAAAUUUACACACACACACACAUACUUAUAUACACGCACACACUCAACUAAGCACUCAUACAAGACUUGCGUAUAGAUAAAAAAAUAUAAGACAGUAGGAGUGAAGGUUUUACAUUGCCGUGCAGGGAAGCACAUUGCGACAACACCGUUCUAUUCGCGCAUAAAAUAUAUAUAUUCGCGAAUCUUAAACUUUUUCAGGAUAAUUUAUUUCAUAUAUGUAAAAUUUGGUGAUUUAUUUUCUUAGUUCGCAAUCACUGGAAUUCAAAAUGUGUACUUGCUUCUUGAUAUUUAGUAUAAACAGGCUAUAGAAGAGCGGGCGCUUUUGUUUUUGUUUUGCCCGCACAAAGCAAAGCUAUUGCCGCAGAUCGUUCUGCACAAAUUUAUUUUUCCCUGCAGGCAGAUAAAUCAAACACGCACACGCAUUCAUACGUAAUUACACUAGGAAUUGGAAAGAUCUUGAAAAACCACGUUGUGAAGAAGCAAACCAAUAUAUUAAUGAGAAAUAAAUAGCCGCUAAUUAAUGCCAUAAUAUUUAUAGACGUCUAACAUACACAUUUACAAAACACAAACCAACCAGCAAGCAACCAUAAAAAUGGGUAUCAAAUCUAACAGGAAAUAAAUAGAAAGUGGAAUGCAUUGCUUAACGUUAUAAGUACAUUUCGACGGCCGGGAUAGGCCGCUUUUGGACCUUGAUCUCUAAUAGCGCUUUCUUGAAAAAUUUUCUGAUAAAGGGCAAUUAAGAACCGGCUGCCUUAAUAGGUCGAUGUACGCUAACUUCUCCAAGCGAAUUGUUUAUUGCUGAUAAUUUUUUUUUGUUUAUUAAAAAGAGGUUAAAAGGACCUGAAAAAGGGAAAGAGCAAAUUCUGACACAAAUCAAAGCUUUUGUUGUAAUAUUUACCUCGCUUUUAUUAACAUGACUUGCAGCAAUGUGGUUACAUGAGUUUUGAUAGCUUGAGGGCAUUUUUUAGAAUCCACAGAAAACUUGAAGUCAAGGUGAUUUUGCCAUUGAAGUGCGAAUGAAAUAAUCACCAGCUGUUACAAGGCUUGAAAAUAUUUCUCGUUAAUUGCAGCGCUUUAAAGUAAGGUCGUCCAAUCUAACGAAUUUUAUGUUGUAUGCAUAACUUUUAAAAUCAAAAAACUCGUUAAACCGAUUGAUUUUUUUACUUGGAAAAUCGAACAUUUUAUUAUUUAAAUUUAUUAUUUUUAUUUUUUAACCACUGCCAAUUAAAUCAAAGUUAUUGGUGUCUUAAUGUUAACCAAAUUAUUUUAUGGAGAUAAAUAACGCAAAUUUAACUGCCAUUGGCUUAACCACGCCAGUUGAGAAGGGCUCAGGGUGUUCAAGACGCUCGCGCAAUGAAUAAAAUAGAAAAAAAGGGAAUCAAGUUUUGAAAACUGAAAAGAUGAUAAAUCAUGAAAUAAAAUUAGGGUAUUAAAACCGCCCUCUUUAUCAGAUUAUCUGGUAAUGUGGUUACAUUUUUAACUCAGUUUACAAAAACAAAAUACACUAAAGAAUUUUAAUUUUUAACCAGAUAACGUUAAAACCAGGCAGGUUUGAAUAACAUAAUUUCUUCAAUAUGAAAACUUUGUGUUCCUUGAAAUGAAGAAAAAAGAUGCGCCUCCUAUGAAAUGAAAGAGAAAAAAACUUUCUAUUCUGACCAAAAAGGAUUGAAACUACGGAAACUAUUAUUCUAAUGAAUCUGGGCGCUCAAACAAGAUCAGACGUUGACGAUAUUAAAACAUAAAUGAAAUCAUUUGAAGGUAUUUUGUUGGCUUCUAUUUGGUUCAAAACUUGGACCCAAAUUAUCUAUCGGAGUAACAUUUUUUUUGAGCCAGUGAUGCUACCACUGAUGUGGAAGCGCCAAUAUAAAGAGUUUGAUUGAAGGACAAAACGUUGGUUCCUUAGAUACAUUUCAAGAAGGACGGAG